AUGACAAGUUUUACAUGUUCACCAGUCCAUGAAUCAAUUUGCAAUAAUAGCCAUCUUUGUAUGGAUGUAGUAGAUGACUUUUAUUGUCAAACAAAUUUUAUUAGCAUCGAUAAAAAUGUCAAUCAUGAUAAAACUCAACGAGCUAAUUAUAAAGUAAAUGAUAGUCAUAAUUAUUUCGUUUCCUCCUCAGAAUAUUUUGAUCAAAAUUUUAAAUCUUCGUAUUAUUCUUUGGGACAUGAAAGAUAUCAAAAUAUUAGAUAUUUAAAUGGUUGCAAACUCAAAUCUCUGAUAAAUGACGAGAUAAAUGAUAAUGGCUUAUCCGGUACACCUUAUUUCACAUCCACUUCUGACACAAAUGAUGACUCCAUUUACAAUGUCGAACGAUCAGUGGAUUAUCUAAACAUUCAAAACACGAUAAAAAAUCAAAGAUACGAAGUUUUUGCAAAUAAUUGGGAAAUCAACAUUAGCUCUUACGAUGCCACAUUAUCGAACGUUACCAAUAUUAAGCCUCAAUCAUCUUCAAAUUCAAUUUCAUCUAAAUCGCGAAAGAAAUUAGUAGACAACAACUGUAAAAAGACCCAGCAGAGACUAUCAGAAGAUUUUAUGAAUACGUACUCAGAAAUGAUUUAUGACAGUACGAAUUUUAUUCGGGGAAUAAAUAUUCCCAAUAUCGAAAUUCCUAAAACUUCCCAUGGCAUUAAUAACAACCGAAACAACAACAAAAGAUCUAGCAGUAUGACCGAAAUCAAUGUUUCUCAGACUAACGAUUCAUUUUAUUUGCGAGAGGAUCCAGACAUUGUCACAGAAAUAUCCAAUGGCACGGGGGAAGUCGUAGUUGUAGUCAAAAGGCGUGUAUCGGCUAACAAAAAGGAACGUAGAAGAACUCAAAGCAUUAAUAGCGCAUUUGCAGAUCUUAGGGACCGUAUACCCAAUGUGCCGGCUGACACUAAACUAUCAAAGAUUAAAACGCUCAGACUGGCAACUAGUUACAUAGCUUACUUGAUGGGUAUCCUUUCUAUCCCGAUCUCUAACGUUUUCGAUAAAAAGAAGGGAACCGACAAAACAGUCAAACAUUCUAGUUAUGCUACGCUAAAUUCCUCAAAUUCUACGACCAUUAACAAUUUCAAUAAUUUUACAGACUUUGGUAAUGCCUACGAACUAAAUUUCGUGCCUAAUCUAGUCGGAAUCUCCACAGAUGAUGUGGUUGCUGGCGAAGAAGAUACAUUCAGGAAGUAUUUCAAGGCCGAUUUAUCAAAUCGAAGAUUAAAUAAGGAAGAAAGGAGGAAGAAAGAUGAAGAAUUGAAAAAGAUCAUAAAAGCCGAAAUGCGACAUACAGAAAACGCUAGCAAACACAAAAAGCAAAACGGAGACAAAGAAAACAAAAUAAAAACAAGAACAGGUUGGCCUCAGCAAGUCUGGUCUUCAGAACUAAACCGAUUACAGAAUUAAAAAUGGAAAUAAUACUAUAGAAAAAAGAUUUAUCAAAUGCUUAUAAUUAUAAUUUAAACGAAUUUAAAAUCGGUGAAUAUAAAAUAGGUAAUAAAAUACUACUUUAUUUGCCAAAAAUAAUAAUAAAUUUUUUUAGCCCAUCUCUUAAAGAUAUUUUGGCAGAUAGAAUAUAUUAUACCUAUAAAAAAUAUUAUAUUAAAUUAUGAU